CCUGCUUUAUAAAUAAAGAAUGUUUAGAAUCCCGGGUAGAUUUUAUCAUGUAUGAGAUAUCUGAAUCCAAUUCGUAACUGGCAGGGUAAAAUAAACCUAGUUUUAUAGCAGUAAGAGUAAAUCACAUCAAGCUCGUGUAUUAUAUUUUAUCCGAUACGAUUCAACUUACAAAUAACCCUUAAUUAGGGUGUACAAAGAUAGAUUUAAACACGCUUUUGUUUAAAUGCAACAUGGUAUUCAAAAACAUAGUUUGUGGAAUUUUGUUUGUUAUAUCGGCAUACGUUAAUAUAAACCGAGUCGACGGAUCACUAACAAAAAUUAUCGUAAAAAUACACAGAGGCCUAAUUCCGUUGGUUGAAGAGACAUUUCAUGAGAGCAACUUUUCAUUGUACAGAAAGAUAACCGAUGAUAUAUAUGUAUAUGCAACAAAUAGUUCAGAUGAUGUUUUUGAGGAGGAUUUUACAACCGAUGACUUGCAGUCAAAACUAAAUGGAAAGGUUGAUUUCGUUUACAAAAGCUACGACCUAUUUCGCCCUUCACCAGUCGCGGCAGAAGCAGUGUCAACAGGCUCUGAUGGUGAGGUCAGGACAAUCUUUUUGCAAGUAGGAAAGGAUUACAAAAUCUGUUCACCCGUUUAUGACCCCAUGUUUGGAAUCGAUGCUGCAUGGCAGAGAAACAUCACUGGCAAGAAUGUCGUCAUAGCAAUCACCGAUGUGGGAGCUAAUCUAGAUCAUCCUAAACUGAAACCAAAUAUUAAUAACAAUCUUAGCUGGAAUUUUGUCGAUAAAAAUACAAAUAUAGCUCCAGAAUAUUACUCUAGCUAUAAAGAGUAUAUUCCAGUGACAAAUCAUGGGAACGCAUGUGCAGGAUUGGCUGCUGGCAUUAGAGACAGCAGUGCGAGGUGCCAACCAUGUGGAUGCGGAACCGCUCCGGAUGCCUCGCUUGCCAUACUAAAAGUGGGCAAAGUUCCCGAGCAUACAAAGCCAGGUGUAGGGCACCACGCUAUUAUGAAUGUAGAGACAUUGUGUGCAAGUUUAGCUCAUCGCAUCAACGAUAUUGACAUCUAUUCUAACUCCUGGAACUUCGAUAUUUCUUUCCAUAACGACAAGUGCGUUCAUGGCAUUAUGCAAAAGGGCUAUACAGAAGGCAGACAUGGCAAGGGAAGCAUAUACGUGUUUCCAGCUGACCCUCCUGGAAAUGGCUUUGUCAACAACAUUUACACACUAGCGAUUGGAAAUAUGGGGACGAAUGGAACUCUGUCAAAUAACUAUCAAGUGAACUCGGCAGUCCUAGUGUGUAUGUUUUCGUGUGGAACUAGGAAAAACGAUACUAGAUUGGUGGUAGAUGUACACAUAGAACUUGGAUCGUGCUCGAAAGAGUUUGGAGGGCAGUCCGCUACGUGCGCAAUGGCUGCAGGAGUAAUUGCCCUUGCUCUUCAAGUCAAUCCAUCGCUAAAGGUUCGUGACAUCAGAUAUAUCAUGGUCAAAUCUGCAUCAACCAGAGACAUCGCGGAAGAGUCGUCUUUCAAAACGAACGCUGCAGGGUAUAAAUAUCAUAACGUGCUUGGAUUCGGAUAUCCAGACGGGAACAAAAUGAUAUCUCUAGCACAAAACUGGACACUACUGCCACCCUUACGAACCGAUGUCAUUGUUUUCAACAUGCGUGGGAAUAAUGCAUCAUUUCCAGUUCAUUCCACCUGCAUCAACAAGCUGGAGCAAGUCCUCAUAAACAUGACAGUCUCUUUUUCAAAGCGCACACAAGUAUCGAUGGAAGUUAUUUCGCCUCAUAAUACGACUUCCGUUUUAUUUUACAAUAUCACGAUACCCAAGAACUUAACGCAGCUUACUCUUCUAUCAUACCACUUCUUUGGCGAAACCCCAAAUGGAGACUGGAUGAUAAAAAUCUACAGUCUUCACGAGACUCAGUCUGCAAUCGCAACUGUGACUUCAGCACAGAUUCAACUUCAUGGAACUGGGACAGAUUUCAUAUCAAAUGCUGAAAACAACGAUAACUGCAUGCAACUUGUUAACGAUCUAAAUAUGCCCAACGUAACACGACGUGCCGAUGAGUCUACCGAAAGUCCAGCCAAAUCGUCUAAAAAUUAUUAUUGUGAGAUUAUUAUACCUCUUGUUUUCAUUUUUGCUUGCGCUGUUGUUGUUGGGAUUUAUUGUUAUAAAACAAGACAAACGAGAGGACCUCAACCAGAUUGCCAUGAAGAGGAAUUAAAAGCACUGAACACAACGCAACGUUAGAAGCUUAGUUAUUUUUGUAAAACUGAGCUCGUACUAAAUGUGACCAUGGUCGCCUUCCCAAAAACCAGUUUGCAAACAUGCGUUCAUUCUUGCAAAACAGCACCACUGACUAGUCAGCAUCAUAUUAGACUUCAUGGAAAAUCAGGACCACUUUUAUUUCGUUUGAUUUCAUCGCCGCAUUCGAUACCGCCGACCACGACAUUCGAUACCGCCGACCACGACAUUCGAUAUCGCCGACCACGACGGUCAAGUACUGACUGAAUGAAAAAUGUGGCACGACUCUAAAUGCGUAUGAUUUCAACUGGAAACAACGAAGCUUCGGUGGUUGGGUGAGUUAUGGAGGUUUCGGUAAAUGACAUGUUCGGUAAAUUGGAUUUAUAUAAUAAAUGCCGCGGAGGUUUCGAUAAUUUGGUAUAAAUAGGGAUUGUCGCACCUUUAGUCGAUAAGCGUAUACACGAAUUUAGUUGUUUGGCACUAAUGUAAUUAUCUGAUUAAAAUGUACGGAGUUGAUGAUAUCAAAAUACAGAUGUUUGCAAGUGUUGAUAUUAAAUAUCCAGGCUUGCAACCUACUAAUAUUCUAAACAAGGGAGGUAAUUUAUAUAUUAAAAGUUUAUCUUUAGGUCAUGAUUUUUUUUGUUUUUAAUAUAUGUUUUAUACAAUUAGUUGGAAACACCUUAAUUUAAGUGUAUCAGAUAAAAAUAAUAAUAAUUUUGUCCAAUAUAUUUGUUUUUUAUACAAUUUUCGCUUCUUUUCCUACAAGCAGGUCAGCACAUAAGGUAUGAAAAAGAAAAAGACCUGUAAAUAAAACUAAAUGAAAGAUUCAAAUUAUGUCCUAUAUAUAUUGUAUCCAUGUUUUAAAUGUGUUUUAUUUAUAAUAUAUGGUAAAUAAAACAGAUUACAAAGUUAAUCAGUUAGUAUUUUUUUAUUCAACGGAUUCGUUCUGGCAAAAAAUAAAAUUAGUUAUUUUGGUCGUACAUCGCAUUGUUCCAAUACAGUAGCCAGGUGCCUGUGUAUUGAGCUGAUAAGAUAGUGAUCACCACAGCUGGUUUAUUCAUUCCGGUCGGCUGGCGUUAUGUUAGAUGUCAUUUUUAUCAGUUUUUAAUUAUGUGUAAUUUAGUUCGCAUCUCUUCGCUGGACUCAACGUUCAAUGACACGCGCACUUAACAAAAUUAUAAAACAUAACGCGUAUCAUUAUAUUUCUUUUUAUAAAUUACGUACACGUAUUAUAUGUUAUAUUUUUAUUUUUUUCUUGUGUUUUUCUCAACCAGAAAGAAAUAAUAAAACAUUGUUAUAUAUAAAGCGCACUCGGAAUUUGACCUUUAAUUUGAAGCAAUCAACAAUUUUUGUACCUGCCAAGCGAAGUAUUCUGCGCUCAGCAGCUGAUGGUAUGUUGUAAUAUGUAAUAUAAAAUUCAACACUUGGCUCUUAGAAGAGGUGGGCUCCACGUGGCAAGAGCUGGGCAACAUAUGCAUUAUGUUGGCAAACUACCUUGUGUAUAUAUCGAGAAAUUGAGUGCUUUUCUAAAAUACUAUUGUGCUUUAUAUUUAAACUUAAAUCAAUAUCUAACGAAUUAUUUCAUAUUUGUUUAUGGUUUUUGUUUGUUAUGUUUUCUUUAUAGAUCAUGUCUACAAUAUUUUACAAGAACCUUUUUAAUAGCAUCAAACUUAAUUGAAGAUCUUACAUUGAUUCCGUCGUAAAUCAUCAUUUAUUAUUACUAUUAUGUUAUUUAAAUAAAAGGACCAAUUAUUAAAAAAAAUAGUUUAGUGAGUAAUUUAAAUCUUAAAUUUACUUUCAAUAGAGUUACAUUUUUAAUUCAAUCUAAAAUUUUUUGGUUUGGUACCUACAAUUUCCUAAAAGAAAUCGUUUUAAAAAGUUCAGAGGUAGCUCAUUCAUGCCCCUUAAUUCUUUGCACUUUGACUAUAUUGUGUUUAUUUGUUUGUAAAUGGUCAAAGGCGUUUUGCCGAUUUUCCAAUAAAAAAACUCUUUACCGUAGGCAUAGCAUUAAUUACUCAACUCAAAAUUAAUCCACAGUUUGCAAAUACAUGCCCCUGAUGUUAUUGGAAGCCAAUAAAAAGUGUCAUAAACACCUCAUUGUAGGUAUACCAUGUAGGUAUACCACCUCUAUAAAAAAGCAAUUUACCGAAAACUCCAGGGCUUUUACUAUAUAAAUCCAAUUUACCGAACUUGUCAUUUACCGAAACGUCCAGCACCCGUUUGGGUCAUGUCCACCGUCUCGUAUCAGCAUCCAUGACAUUUCAGUGUCUAGCUAUUAAUACCCAUCGCUUUACUUUACAUAAUACACACUUUAUAGGAUAUGAUUCUUCACUUUUGUAAAAGCACAGGACUUUUUAUUGUAAUAAAAUAGAAAUAGACAUCACAUCUGAUAAGAUUGAAUCCUCAUACUGCUGUUAUAUGAACUUUGUUUACAGGUUUUUUUUGUGUGAAUACCUUAAAUCAAAAGAUAUUGUUAUUGCUCAACAGUUCCGCUGAUUUAUUUACGAAUCAUAACCGUCUUAAAGAAACCACAGGCCGUCAACUGACUUUAGGUGAAAAUCAAGUAAUUAACUUAAGAAUUUUUGCAUCAAAAUAUAGGAGGUUUGGGCUUGUUUAGGGUUAAAAUAUAGGAAUUUUAUGGUAAAAAGUAAUUUUCUAGAGAUAUGAAGAGAACUUAUUACUUACUUGUUUUCUGUCAAUAAUCAUUAGAUUCAUGUUUAACUUAACUAAACAGUCCCUUAUCUUGACCACCAAGGCAGAUAUGCUGAUGCAGCAACACACUGUGGUCAUCAAUGUGGACACCUGAAUUUUUUUUAUUUAAAAUAGUUAACAAUCAACAAAACACAAAGCAUUAUUAAACAUAGUUUUACAACCUAACAUAGAGUGCAACAUCACAUUAAUAAUGAAAUUAUUGAAACCGAAAACAUAAAUCACAUACAUGUAGUAUCAUAUCAUGGUAUAUAAUAUAAAUUCUGUAUUCUAUGCACAUUAAAAUUUCUAUACACUCUUCCAGCAAACAUUUUUUGGACAUUAAAAAAACACCAAAACAUCCUUUAUGAUAAAAUUUACAUACAGAAUAUAAGAUUUUUCUGGCAGCUUCUGCAUAUAAAAAUAUUUGAAAUUGAACAUCAACAUAUUUAAUUGAACAAAAUUGCACUGUGUUAUUAAUACCAAUUGUAAAACAAUCUCAUCUCAUCGGUAUCAGACACACAAUGGUAGAUGCAUAUCUUAACUAGAAAUGGCGCGGCAGAGGCUGACGCGUAUCACCACGCCAAUGCAUGUUGUUAGUUAAAUUAGUGAAAAUCUCUGACCUGGCCCCACCCCAACCCCCAUUACUUUUGACCCAGGGGUCAGAUCAAAAUUCCAAAUAAUGCACUGUUGCACAUUUGCUCAUAGCUACCAUGCGUGUACAUUUCAAGGUUCUAGUGCCAAAAGUGUAGGAGAUAGGGGCCAGAACGGACAGUAGGACGGACGUACAGACGGCGGAGAUAACCACAUAAUCCCCACGCUUUCUACGAAAAGCGUGGGGAUUAAAACAAGAAUAAGAUGCUAUGGUAUACAUGACAAAAUGCAAUAAAACAUCUCAAUAAUCUAAAUUAUUCUUCAAGACUUCCAAUGCCCUAAAAUAAUUUCCAAUAUUCAAAAGAAUUGGAACCCUGUAGCUGAAUUCCAUCUAAGAUCAGGAAGAGCAUUAAACAUCCCCUCAGCAGAGCAUCCCUAGGGAAAUAUCUGUUACAACUAUCUGCUAGGAUUUGUUCUCACCUUUGAAAUGGUUUUAUUUUUCUUCAUCAAAGGUGUCCAUAUAGAUAUCACAAUGGUGUACAACAGCACUCCUGCAAGAUGGUGAUGCUUUGGAAAAGGAGGAACAGCUUUUUAAGCUGUAAAUUAAAAUAUCUAAAAGCAGUAUUACUUCUCAAAAGUAUUUUUUUACAAGAAGAAAUUUUCAGAACAAAAUAUAGGAACAAAAUCAAAAAUAAAGGAAAAUAUAGGAAAUAUAGGUUAUGAAAAAUAUAGGAAAAUUCUCAAAAAUAUAGGACAAUAUAGGAAUCAGUUGAUGGCCUGAAACCACUACUCUUAUUUUGAUUCAGUCAAUAUUUAUAUAAAUUGAAUGCGACUUGCAUGCAAUUCAAACAAUAACAAGUAAGUGCAUUAAACAGUUUAUAAAAAGAAAUAAUAAAUGAAGAAAAAAUGAUUACUUAAAAUAAACGCAUUUGCACUUACACGGCUAACAUACCUACCAAGGCUGCAUUUAAGUUUUUAAUAGUCAUGAACAGUAGUUGUUAAUUGCCUCUAUUUGUUUAAACACGAUUUUCGUCGUAAAAAAUGAUUUUCACUCUUAUAAAUAAAUGCAAGACAGACUCAAUGCUGCUAUACUGUUCUUUUUUACAAAAUUGCACAAUACAGUGACUUAUUACCUUUUUACAAAUGUACUAUAAUUAAAAUUCUUACAGUUAUUUUGCUAGAUGUUUAUGUUAUAGAGAACUACACGCCUCAGUGAGAUUUUUGUUACAUUUAUAUACUUUUAUCCCUUGUUUAAGCAUUUUUCAUAAAUCACUUUAUUUCCAAACAUCUAUUGUUCUUUGUAAUGACGUUGGCAUUCCACACGGUAACUGCAUUGUAUAUGUAAAAAUUAAACAACAAGCUUGCAUUCUGGAUUGAUGAAUAAUGUAAAUAAAUGUGUAAAUGACAGCAUUUUUACUUUUAUGUUGUAUGCAACUUUUUUUAAUAAAGUUUAUUGACAUAUCUAUUAAA